AUGGAUGAUAGAAUGAGCAGUUUGGCAGAUGAAAUCCUUUGUUACAUUUUAUCUCUUCUUCCAACCGAACAAGUUAUUGCAACCAGUGUUCUCUCCAAACGUUGGAAUCUUCUGUGGCGUUCUGUUCCUUCUUUGGAUUUCGACACCGAUAACGAAGAUUUUUGGUCUCUUAGCGAAAAGACUUUCAAUAUGUUUUAUAGCUCGGUGUGCUCUUUCUUGAUUGAUCGCGGAGACCAGCCUCUACAUAGAUUUCGCCUCAGAUCUAACUUUUUUUGUGACGAUUCUAAACGAUUCAACAAAUUGAUUAAGGAUAUAGUGAGUAAGAGUGAUAAACUUCAGCUCCUUGACCUCUUUGCCCUUUCCAAUACUCUCGUUCCCUCCGUAGUGUUUAGCUUCAAAACUCUCGUGGUUCUCAAGUUGGAGGCCAUACCAGUGGAAGAAGUUUUCUUUGUUGAUUUGCCCUUUCUUAAGAUAUUGCAUUUAAUUCAUAUUACUUUCUCAAUAGAUAUUGAUCUUUCACAACUUCUUUCUGGGUGUCCUAAUCUUGAGGACUUAAAAUUCAAGGGUUUAACUUGUAAAACUAAAGGGAAGUUUAACAGAUUGCCCAAAUUGGUUAGAGCCAGCAUUCGUUUUUCUUGCAGAUAUUUCCACCAUAUAUGA